UCAGAGAAAAUAUGGUGGCCAAGAGCGUACAGAAACCAAAAUAUUGUCGUACAACAACAAAAAAACAGAUAGACCUGUAAUUACCUCCCUUGAUCUGUUAUUACCUCCCUUGAUCAACCUACAGUUCAGUUAAUAUUGGAACACAGCAGCGUCAUACUGGCAGAAAGAAUUUAGUCAAAGCCAACACUUCCAGAAGCACAUGAUAAAACACUGGUGAUAAACCUUAUCAAUGUGACGAGUUUGGCCAUAGUUCAAACUUACAAGUUAAGAUGAGAACACAUAAUGGUGAUAAACCUUAUAAAUGUGAUGUAUGUGGUAAUAGUUUUGCUCAGAGUUCAAACUUAAAGAAACACAUAACAACACACACUGUUUAUAAACCUUAUACAUGUGAAAUGUGUGGGAAAGGAUUUGCUCAUAAUUCAACCUUAAAGACACACAUAAGAAUACAUUCGGGUGAUAAACCUUAUAAAUGUGAUAUAUGUGGUAAAGGGUUUGCUCAGAAUUCAACCUUAAAGAAACACAUAAGAACACACACAGGUGAUAAACCUUAUAAAUGUGAAACGUGUGGUCAAGAAUUUAGUCAAAGUCAUAACUUGAAGAGUCAUAUGAGAAAACACACUGAUCUUGCUGAUUAUAAACCUUAUCAAUGUGAUAUGUGUGGGAAAGGGUUCAAUCGGAGAAAUUAUAUACAGAAACACAUGAGAACACACCAUGGCGAUAAACCGUAUACAUGUGGGAUAUGCAGUAAAGGGUUUUCUCGGAGUACAACCUUAAAUAUACACAUAAGAAUACACACGGGUGACAAACCAUAUACAUGUGAUACAUGCGGUAAAGGGUUUUCUCAAAGUACAACCUUAAAGAUACACAUAAGAACACACACUGGUGAUAAACCUUUUAAAUUUGAUGUAUGCGGUAGAGGGUGUAAUCAGAAGGAUGAAUUGCAGAAACACAUGAGAAUACAUACUGGUGAUGAACCUUAUCAAUGUGACAUAUGUGGUAAAGGGUGUAAACAGAGCAGUGAUAUGCUGAGACACACGAGAACACACACUGGUGAUAAAUCAUAUAAAUGUGAUAUAUGUGGUAAAGGGUUUGUUCAAAGUGCAACCUUACAGAGACACAUGAGAACACACACUGGAGAUAAACCUUAUAAAUGUGAUGUAUGCAGUAAAGGUUUUUCUCAGAGUCAAACUUGA